GCUUCUGCCUCUGCUUCGGCUCUUCCAACCUCAAACUCCCAACACAUUUAAAUGUACUAUUUUCUGUCUCUCAUAGUUAAGAACUAGUAAAGAUUAAGGUCCAAACUCGUGAACGCAACGGCGUCGGAGCUCCUACGUAAGAGUUAGGUACUUCAAUUAUUUUCCUUUGGAUUUCUAUUCCAAACAAAAGAAGCAACCCCCUGUUUGGUUCCUCCUAAAAGUGCGCCAGAAGAACAAAAGAUCAAACCUUCGAGUCCCAUUUUACAACUGGCUCCUGACCCUUCUCAGUUAACGAAACUACAAGUAAUCCCCAACAAUCUUUCUUUCUUUCUUUCUUUUUAUUCCUUUUCCUCCUCUUGCCGCGGUCUCCUGGCCUGAAAUGAGUUGAAUGCUCUUUGUUUGGUUGCUGGUAAAGUUAUCACCUAUCAGUUCCUGAAUGCUUUCUUAUGUUUCUUGCCUUGUUGUCUGGGAAUUCCGUUGACCAUUUUCUUUCUCUCCGACAUCGAAUUAUAAAAAGCAAUCGACGCUGUGCCUGUAAUUAUGGAUUGGCCUGGAUUUUGCAUGAAGACAUGUGGUCUGUGGCAGUGAACUGAUGAUAAUUUAGUAAGCCCGGGAAAAUGGGACAGGAAUUUAAAUCCUUAUUUCCGUUGGAUACAAAAAGAUUUCUAUGGCUCAUCGUCAUUACAUUUGCAGUAAUCUUAGCGUUCCAAUAUAUUGAACUUCCAUACGGGAACUUUCUAUUCUCUACCAGCAACAUUCCACCCUCAGGAAGCAGUAGCUUCCAGAUUACAGAUCCACCAUCUAAGUCUCAAACGCCUGACAAUGUGACAACUUUAGAUCAAGCAAACUCCUAUGGUGGGUACGCCCUUAAAAUAGAAAAUGGCACGAGGGUAUCGAUGGAGAAAGACAAUGAGCCAAAUCUUGGGGUUGCCUUGAAACCAGGAGGGGAGUCCAACAUGUUUUUAGGAUCAAAUGAGUCUGACAAAGGUUUCAUGGUGGACAGUACUAAGAAAUUAGACGAUGAAUUGAUGACACUGACGGAAGAAGAACGUGGACAGAGCAGCUAUAACAAGAAUAUGGGUGUGAAUAAUUUUACAAGAAGUUCUGGGGAGAAGAACAUUACACUGCUAUCGGAACAUGAAUCUGGAAGUGCAUAUAUUAACUCUACUGCUCCUUCUCCUGCAACAGCACCAACAUAUCAAACUCCUUCUAUAAGUCCUCCGACAGAAGAGAGAAAAAAUAUCACAACACCAGCUCCAGAGUUGCCAAAUGAUUCUAUCACGCCCUCAGUUUCAAAAGACAACACAACUACUUCAAAGAAUGAAAGUCUCUGGUCAUCCCAAAAUGACGUCAAUACCGUGGACAAGAAUUCUUCUAUCAAUGUUGUGCAUGAUGAGAAUAAAGGCUCUUCCACGAGAAUACAUGAAGUAUUAUCAAUCUCUGAAAUGAACACAUUGUUCCUCCAGAGCCAUGCUUCCUAUCGUUCUCUGAGGCCCCGUUGGUCUUCUGCAGCUGAUCAAGAGCUAUUGCAGGCCAGAUCAGAGAUUGAAAAUGCACGAACCAUAAAGAAUGAUCCAAGUCUCUAUGCUCCCGUAUAUCGAAACGUUUCCAUGUUCAGGAGAAGCUAUGAUAUAAUGGAGGAGAGACUUAAAGUGUAUAUAUACAGAGAAGGAGCAAGACCCAUAAUGCAUACGCCAUUUCUCAGGGGAAUAUAUGCUUCUGAAGGAUGGUUUAUGAAAUUGAUGGAAGCUAGUAAUAGAUUUGUUACCAAGGACCCAAGGAAGGCCCACAUGUUUUACUUACCUUUCAGUUCUCGAAUGCUAGAAGAAACCCUAUAUGUACAGGACUCACACAAUCACAAUAACUUGAAGCGGUAUCUGAAUAACUAUGUGGACAUGAUUGCCAGUAAACACCCUUUCUGGAACAGAACUGGAGGAGCUGAUCAUUUUCUUGUUGCUUGUCAUGACUGGGCCCCUGGAGAGACAAAGCAGAAGAUGGCCAUGUGUAUAAGAGCCCUGUGCAAUGCUGAUGCAAAAGAAGGUUUUGUGUUUGGGAAGGAUGCGUCUCUACCCGAAACUUACAUCCGAAAUUUUCAAAAUCCCAAGAGAGGCAUGGGAGGAAAACCAGCUUCCAAAAAGUCAACCCUGGCAUUUUUCGCUGGGAACAUGCAUGGUUAUGUUAGGCCAAUUCUGUUGCAGCACUGGGAAAACAAAGAUCCCGACAUGAAAAUCUUUGGGAGAAUGCCCAAGUCCAAGGGUGACAGGAACUACAUUCAAUACAUGAAAAGCAGUAAGUACUGCAUUUGUGCCAAAGGUUAUGAAGUCAACAGUCCGAGAGUUGUGGAGGCCAUUUUAUAUGAAUGUGUUCCAGUGAUCAUAUCUGACAAUUUUGUGCCACCCUUUUUUGAAGUUUUGAAUUGGGAAUCCUUUGCAGUUUUUGUUGUGGAAAAGGAUAUUCCAAACUUGAAGAAUAUACUCCUUUCCAUACCUGCAAAGAGGUAUCUUCAAAUGCAGAUGAGGGUCAGAAAGGUUCAGCAGCAUUUCCUUUGGCAUACCAAACCUGUCAAGUAUGAUGUCUUUCACAUGAUACUUCAUUCUAUUUGGUAUAACAGAGUCUUCACCGCAACAUCAAGGUAAGUCAAGGAGUUACAAAUGGAUUAGGUUGGUGAUUGAUAAAAUUUUGGACCAGGUCAUUUGAUGUGUACAUAUUCUGGAGGUUUGAUGCACAUAAAAAUUUCUUCUCCUUCUUUUUCUUCUUUUGGCGAAAAAAUUUGUAGGUUUACUCUGCUGAUUAGCAGUAGGCAAAGCUCACUUACUGUUGUCAUUAUUUAGCUUCUGGCAUUUAUGAUACAAGUUACGAAGUCAUGAAUUGCCUCCAAGAGUUGUGGAAUAAAGAAUGUACAGUGACUCAAAUUCUUGAUUAUGUUUCAAAUUUUAUAAAUUUAUGUGAUUACUCGGGUUAUUCAAUUAAAGGUUCUUGCAGAA